AUGCGGAGUUCCACAGAAACGGAGGCUUUGAAGACCCUGAGUGACCCGUGUACGACUCUCUUUGACGGCGCGCUCAGCUUCAUAAGAUUCAACAAGGACGGGAGACAGGAAGGGGGGUUACACGGCCUCCACGACCCGAGUCAAUUCGACGCCUUCCUCCGUAAGCGUAGGGCAGAGGAGGCAGCGAGGUCGGAGAGAGGCGCCUCUCAAUCCGUGCAACCGCUUGAAGUGGCGCCCCCCAGCGAUGCUUUAAUGGAGAGCCCCACACCUCUUCCGGCUGCAGCGGAAUCCCCUCCCAGCAUGGGAGACGCUGCGAGCGGUGAGCGCUGUGUCCAGAGGUCGGAGGAACCUCGGACGGACCAGAAUACAGGGGGCGGUGCCGCGAACUCGGGUGGCGCCGAUGUCUCGAUGCGCGACCCCCCGCUGCAGCAUGCCAACGAGCAGUGGGAGUGGGAGAUGUUCGGGCCUCCACUGCCGCCUGACGAUGAUGGUGACCUGGGUUGGGACUUGGAGGACGAGUUCGAGGACAAGUGUACGAUCACAGUGUAUCCCGGAAGGAAGUCCGACCCGGUGCAAGACGAGGGUGUGGAGGGAGAGGUCCAGCCUGGACGACCUACAUCACCAGAAGCGGGGUCAUGCAACAGGGGAGCAAACGGGGAGGUUUCUGGCGGCAAUAGAGAAGAGGAGGACGGAUCAAGCAACGUUCCCCCUGCAACAAAGAAGGUCCGGGCCGCGUCUGUUAAAUCCGACGAGUGCAGCAACACGUCAUGCGGUUCUGCGCCCAUCACCAUCACGAUGGCAGCCGGCCAACUCCGUGCGCAGGGGUACCUGGUCUUUUCGGUUGACAUCACGUGGGAUGAGGGCAAGCGCAAGAAGGCCGUCAGUUGGCCGUCCGGCUGGCCAUCCACCACCUUGAACAGCGGCACCGUGCGCAACAGCGACAACGGCCUGGCGAUCAACACGACCGCCUGCGAUCUGCUUGGGUUGGACAUUGAUGUCCAGGACUCUGGCCUGGAGUCGUGGGAGGCGCUUCAGCGUGCGCAUGGCACCAAAGACGCGCCCACCGUUCGGACCGGCAGUGGGGGGCUGCACUUGUACUACUCCCACAGCAAGAGCAUUGCUGCCGGCCUCUCGGACAGUACACCUACCUCUUUCGUGAAGCUCUACCUGGAGCAAGAGGGCGGGGCGGUGUCAAUGAUUGGGGUCGACAUGAGGGGCAAGGGGAAGUCGUCUUGUCUGAUAGCUCCCGGGAGCAGUUACAUGGACGCAACCGGUGCAAGGGUGGGGUACGAAUUGACCAACGGGUCCGAGCUCCCCCCCGUGACCGACCUGCCGCCCCUCCCAAGCUGGCUUAUUGACCUCGUGAACCGGCGGGCGAGCUUAGAGGCGCUCUGGAAAGAACAAGAGCGUUGGCAGGCGGAGGGGAAGAAACGGGCGGUUGGGGCACGGGGCGGGGGGGCAUCUGAGCCGGCCUCUGCAUCCUCUGAGCCGGACCUGGCGUCCACCGAGCUCCAGCAAGAGGUGGUGAGAGCGCUCAAGGCGAUGUUGUCGAAGUGGGGCGACAACACCUCCAUCUUCCACGGUGCCAAGCCAUCCUCGACUGGGGCAGGGGUCAUCUACGACUUCAGGAAUGCGCCUGGGGGGCGCAAGGCGUGCCCCUACUUUGCAGCAAUGUGCGGGGGCGUGCACGACAGCAACAACUUUGGGCUUUGGCGGCGGGGCGCUGAAAUCACCUACCUGUGCUAUGGGGAGAGCUGCAAGACGGUCUCUAGGACGAGCGCCAUCCGUCUUGGCAUGCUCCCCCUUCCAAUCGCAGCAGCUUUUGGGGACAGCCAGCCGCUGAACAGCAAGAGGAACCAUCUGUACUUGGACCGGACGUUGUUCCCGCUGUCAUUCCUGCGAGACAACCUAAGCGUCAUGAAAGGAGACGUGGGAUGCGCCAUCAUCCUUGAGCGGCUCUACUUCCGAACCGGACUGAAGUUUGCAUUUACUGCUUCGGGCUCCUACUACUGGAACGGCCGCUGCUGGGCAAAGGAUGAGAGUGGGGGCCGAAUCAUGCGCGUGCUCCGAGAGGAGCUAGCCAAAAUUCAGACUGCGUAUGUGCGCGACUCUCAGAGGGGGAGCGAAAAGAAGGGGUCUGUAGGCGGCUUGGAGAUUGGCGAGUUUGAUUCUGAGGAGGGGGGCGAGGAUGCGGAGGGGGAUCUCCCAACCAUCUCGGAUAUGUUGGGGGUUGGGUUGAAGAGGGGAGGGAAGGAGAAGCUCGUGAACGUGAACUUCAAUGCAAAAAUGUCGAACGUUGUGAGCACGUGCAAGGAGUACUUCUUUCAGGCCGACUUCAAGGCCCUGUUGGACGUGCAGAAGGACUUUUGGGCUACUGCGAAUGGCGUCAUUGACCUUCGUUCCGGGGCAUUGCUCCCCCAUCAUCCUCGGUUUAUGAACAGCCAAGUGAUUGACUGGCCAUAUCCUGCAUGUGGGGUGUCCCAUCCAAGGGGCGCGAUGGUCCAGUUCCUCGAGGACAUCAUGCAUCUUGCCGGCGAGGAUGGGCCGAGCGCGCUGGAGCAUCUGCAGGUUCUACUGGGAUAUGGCUUGACAGGGCAUACGAGCAAUCAGCUCGUCCUGUGCACCAACUACCUGCCAAAGACGGACAAGACCUGGUCCGUUGCAUUGCGGCGGCGUCUGCAGCUCGUGUGCUUCCUCAAGCGUUACUUCUCCCCACACGAGAAGGGAUACGACCCCAACAACCCGCUGCACGGGCCCGUGGAUACGCGGCUUCUUGCCACGUUGACCACGGAGCCGAACAUGCAAGAGCUUUUGGCGUGGCUGGUGGCGGGAGCUGUGAAGUGGUACCAAAACGGACAGCAGCUCUACCCCAUGCCAAAACGGAGUGAGCAGGCACUUCGUGAGUACGAAGAAGAAAACGACGACUUCGAGGCCUUUGUGCGCAACAGCUGCAUUGUUGGAGAGGAUCUCUUUAUCUCCACCAAGGCGGCUUUGGAGGCGUACCAUGAUCCUCAGCGAAAGGUGGACGGUACAUUCGUCUCGAACUGCAGUGCACUCAAGAAUAAGAGCUUGAAAGUAGUCAUGAUCAACCAUGGAUACAAAGGCCCAGGAAAGCCUAGCGAGCUCGGAUUGGGGGGGGAGUAUACCGGUUCUCAAGAGCGAGGGUACCGAGGUCUAGCCUUGAAACCCCCUGGGCAGUCCCUUGGAGAGUUGUCUUGACAACGGAGGCACCGCUACGUUGGAGUAACUUAUUUAACGGCUUUUCUAGCUGUUAUUGCUCCAAUAUUUGAAGUAUGUUUCGAAUGAGAAUCCAGCACUGGUUUGUCCGUUAGGUUCUAUAAAGUUCCAUGUUGGUUUGUAGGGUGUUAGUAUUGGAUAUUGGUUGGUGUACAUCUCUCAUAAUCUUGAUGAUUCUAUGUGAAUGUACACGAUCCACUUCAAUCUUGCAGCGACUGUUAACGUAUGUAUAUUGUUUUCAACACGUCGCACUUAGAGUGUGUGCUUGAAGGCGCAAACACAAAGUCCGCGCCGUGGUUCGUAGUUAAAGUGAUCAUAGAAUCGACAAUCCCA